AUGAUUAAAAUUAUACCUGAAUCAUCUCGUAAACUUAUUAAAAAAUUUAUUCUAGUCGUUAAUAAAACAACUCGAAUAGAAUUUGAUGUCAAUUAUGACGCUGUAGCAGCAUCAGGCUUCAAUACAAAUAUAAAAAAACCAUCAGCUUACGUCGAAGCCAUACCGCAUAAUACAGAAUGGUCACAAGAAACAAAAUUAUCAAGACAAUGUUAUUUUCAUUUUACUGGUGGCGUUUUUGCUUUAAGUCCAACGAUAAGUUUUACAUGGCCGGAUAAGGAAGAAAAUCCUAAAGCAAAUCUUAAUGUUAAAUGGUUUCAUCUUGGAGAUAAAACUGCUCAAAAAUAUAUUAUGUAUUUAGAUGAUAUACGUCAAAAGCAAAUAGAAGAUGAAUUUCAUAUUUGUAUCAAAGGAUUUGAAAGUAGUAAAAGUCAUACUUUUCAAUUAGUAGCAAAAUUACUUAAUGGGAAAGAAACGUAUCGAUCUGAUCUUAUGGAAUUUACUGUACCUACGCAAGGUUCUUCUGAGAAUCAAGAAACUGAAUUUAUCACUGUAACAAAUGAAGUACCUCCACCGAAUCUACCAAUCGUCCUUCCUACAACAGAUGAUAAAACAUCAGAUGUUGUUGAGAAUAACAAAGUACCAAGUCGUACACCAUCUCCCGUACCGGAAAAACCACCUGCGAAUAAUAAGUGUUGUAAUGAUGCACCACACAAGGAAUUUCCUGGAAUAGAACAUUAUUUUAAAAAUAUUAGUCAUAUAAUUCCAACUUCUUCAAAGUCGUUAAUUAAUGGAAACAAACAAUUUAUAUCAUCUACAUAA